AGGUACUCACCACUCUGCAAAACACAUCAUGCAAUGCCUGUCGAAUACCGUGUAGGGCAGCGGGUCUCCUUUAAAGGUCAUCGAUGCACCGUUCGGUACAUUGGUGCCGUCGAAGGAACAGACCAGAAUAAGAUAUGGCUUGGAGUUGAGUGGGAUGACCCAGCACGAGGCAAACACAAUGGAGAGUAUCUUGGCCGGAGUUACUUUAAGUGCAAGAGCGCGUCACCAACCGCAGCAUCAUUUGUCAAUCUGAAGAGUGCUCGAGCGGACCCUGAGCAGAGCUUCGUCGAAGCCGUUCGCAAUAAAUAUGCUUUGGAGCUGCCGACCCAGCCCAACCCUGUGGAAUCUGUACUCUCCAAUAAGCCAAUAGUAAUCUCCACUAAGGAGGUUCAAGAGGUCGGUUUCGACAAAAUCAGGGCAGUGCUGGCUCAACUGCAUGAAUUGAAGAUAGUUUUGGUGGAUGGCCUGCGAAUCAACAAAGCAGAGACUCCGGCAGACUCCAUCAAGCGGGAUUGCCCAAAGAUUGUGGAGCUCGACUUGAGUCGAAAUCUCUUUGACAGCUGGGAGGAGAUUGUCAACAUAUGUGGGAAAUUACAAGAUUUACGAAUCCUCAAAGUCAACGAAAAUCGACUGGAUAUACGUGCUGCAGAUCUCGAAGGUGCCAAAGAAGCUUUUCGAGGAAUACGUGAGUUGGAGCUGGAUAAUAUGUCUCUGGGCUGGGAAGACAUUCUCUCGCUAUCGCACCACUUCGAGUCUUUAACAACCCUCAGUGCUUCCUUAAACAACCUCACAGUUCUUGAUUCCUACAUCUGCGGCUCGUUUCCACAAUUAUCUCUACUAAAUCUUACUUCGUUGACCCUGGAAUACAACAAAUUUACCGCUCUUUCGGAUUUAAUCGACCUCAAAUACCUUCCUGCUCUUGAAAAAUUGUCCCUCAAGGGGAAUGAAAUCUCCGAAAUUUUUCAGAGUGGAUGGGAUAGAGAUAUUCCAGCUUCAGAGAGGUCUCUUAAGUUUCCACAAAGGUUACACUACGUUGACUUAUCUUACAAUGCGAUCCUGAGCUGGGGUUUUGUUGAUGGCUUGGCCGAUGUCUUUCCGGGGAUGACAGCCCUAAGGCUUUCACAUAACCCGAUCAACCAAAGAAGUACGAAUGCGGAAAUGAAAUCUUGGACCAUUGACGAGGCUCAUAUGAUAACUGUGGCGCGACUCGGAAAGCUGAAUGCUUUGAACUAUAGCACCAUCUCACCAACAGAGAGGACGGAAGCAGAGACAUAUUAUCUUUCUCAAAUUGCUAAGGCAAUGGCGGAAGUACCGGAGGGUCUGGAGCACACAAUAUCGUCACAGCACAAGCGAUAUGCUGAGCUUUGCAAGAAACAUGGAAUUCCCGAUGUAAUUCGAAAACAGGUUGAGACGGUCAAUCCAGAUUUCCUCGAAGCUCGCCUAAUCAAGUUCACAUUUUAUAUGCUCCGGAACACACAGUCUGGCCAGAAGGAAGUCAUCACCAAAGAACGAGAAAUCCCAAAGGGGCUUGAUGUUUACCGCGUCAAGGGCCUUGUGGGGAGGAUGUUUGACGAAAAGCCAAUGAGUCUAAGAUUGAUAUGGGAGACUGGAGCAAUGGAUCCCGUUGCAGGAAGCGAUGAUAUUAUGGAUGAUGAUUUCGACGAAGACCUCCCAGCGGAAAGCGAGUUUCCAUCGCUAGGAAAGCACGAGUCCUCCGUAAAGCAACUGGGCAGAUUUGUGCAAAGAGAGGUUGAGAUUGAGGAUAGCACACGACAUAUCGGAAAUUGUAUUGAUGGGAUGGAAGCGAGAGUUCGAGUUGAACUGAGAUGAGUAGCACCAAUACCAUAUACCCGAUUGUUUGUUUGACUGCCAUUUGUAUGCUACAGCUUUAUACGAGGUGCUCUAUCUUCCAGAUAUCAAUCAAAAAGUGAUUGCCCAC